GGUCGUUCCUUUCUGGAAUGUUGGGAUCCAGCCUGUCUAAGCGCAGAGGCGGGCCGCUCCCCGUUUUUUGUUUUUUAUAUUUUGUGUCCACUCGUGAUUGGGGGCCCUCCUUUCACGGCAGGGAGACUGAGGGAAACUGAGGCCUGGGAGCCGCCCGUAUCCCCUGCAGGCCCCGAAGGCGCGGCCCCAAUGUCGGGCCGCCGCCUCCCUCCUCUGGGCCGGCGGGGGGCUCUAGAGUGCGGAGGAGGGAGUUUGGGAGCCGACCCACUCGGGUAGGGGAGGGGUCGCGCCGGGUCCACGGGUUCUCCAUGAAAGGGUCGCUUCCCUGUGGCUCCGGAGGGCCGGGACGCCAACUCUUUUUGCGGCUGUCAUUCCCAUAUUGGAGAUUUCAUUUCUGGCCUCUGAUUCGGUCAAUUUGGAGAGGGGAAAAGGGAUAUGGUGGCUUUUGCACUUGGCUGAAAGCGAAAAUCACAACCAGACAUCGGAUGUAAUGAAGGCAAAGGGGCUUGUGAGAAACUGGACGAAUUUCUUACGUUGGCAGGAAUUUUCCCCUAACGCACCCUACACAGUAUAUCAUUUAAGCUGUUUCAAAAUCAAAGUAUUUUACUCUUAGUUUUUCUAAGCAAGUGGCCUUAGUGACGAUACUUUGAAAUGUGUAAAGUUGAACGAGAAUUUUUUUGUACAAUGGUUCUGAAUUAAGAUUCUCAGUGCAAGGAUCCCAGCUACUAAUUUACUACUUGGAGACCGCAAAGUUGUUUAUAUAUGUGGGUUUGGGGGAGACACAGGUGUGGAUGAGGAAUAAGGGGAGAAGGGGGGUCCUUUUGCGUUCUGCGCAAAAUAAUGCAAUUAGAAGAUAAAUGGUGUUUUUAUUUGCCUCUCACUUUCCAUUUCAGCAUAAACCCCUUCUGUUUUGUGCUGAUGGUAUUUUUUCAGUAUUUACAAUGAUUAGGGAAAAGAGGACCUCUAACAAGACGCUUCACUUUAAUGUUUUGUGUGGAAUUAACCCUGGGGUUUGGUUUUCAGUUAAGAAAAUGAGGCACAAGGGAAUGUUAACCAAGACCUUCCAAGGCCCAGCCAGGGUCUGUAGGACUCCGACCAGCCAAGUUUACAUGUUUGAGAAUGGCAGUGGGGACUCAGGGGACUCCUCAGAGGAAGAGUCCCACCGUGUGGCUCUGCGGCCCCGGGGCAAGGAGCGCCAGAAGCAGAGUGCCCACCACCCUCAGCAGCCGGGAGCAGGGAACGUGGUGCUGCUGCAGCGGGAGCUGGCCCAGGAGGACAGCCUCAACAAGCUCGCUCUUCAGUAUGGCUGCCAAAGUGAUUACCAAUGGCAAAGUCGCAGAUAUCAAGAAAGCCAACAACUUCAUCAGAGAACAAGACUUAUAUGCUUUGAAGUCUAUUAAGAUUCCAGUGAAAAUCCAUGGGAUCCUAACAGAGACCCAGAAGGAGCUCAGACCCCUCCUGAGCACCUCAUCAGAGACCAGAGUGACCUUUGAGGAGCUGCCAGACCCAGCCCGAGCGACCGUAAGCGCCAGCGCCCCGUCCAGCCCGCUGACGGCUUUCUUUAAGGGCAUUGACCAGAAUAUCCAGCAUGCCGUGCAGUCCGAAAUCUUUAUACAUGAGAGUUACUGCGGAGAGACCUCCGGCCAGCCGCUCCUCCCCGCUCCUCCAAAGACACCGACAAAUGGGGCCGACUGCGGCAUUCAGUGGUGGAAUGCUGUUUUCAUCAUGCUUCUUAUUGGGAUUGUUUUACCAGUGUUUUAUUUGGUCUAUUUUAAAAUGCAAGCCACCGGCGAGAUCCCUAGUAGCUUGAACACAACUGCCGUCCCCAAUGGCUCGAUGGCAAUGAGCGCAGUUGUGGGGCACACCCCCAAACUGGUGAUUGCGGUGCCGGCCAUCCCCUCUCCCGAAAGCCAGUUCAGGCAAACCCCCUGGGUGGGCAACUAGCUGUGGUGGUUUCUGCUGAGCCGGGCUGUAGCUGGGCCCCUGCUGUGUGUCAGCUGACAAUGGCCACGUCCUAGGGUGCUGCAUUCACUUUUGUGACACAUGGACACGUCUCAGAAGCCACCAGUGUGUUCUCAAGUACCAUUCACCCUAAUAAAUAGCCUCACCUAAUCCAGGAUGGCGGAGCCAAAAUGGCAGCACCCUCAGCCUCCUGCAUCCGGAAAGGUGUGAUCAGAGGCAUAUACACGUGACAGAUGCCGUUUCUUCGCACAUAGUGGACUGGCCAUGAGUGUCUUCACAGUAGCACGGUGUGCGCCCCCAGGUUGGACGUGCUCGGAUGAAGAGGCACGGCCUUGGCAAACAGACCUGUGGCAUGGGAGCUCCUGGGGUCGGCUUUGGUCGCCUGGCUGUUGGCAGUGUCUCCUGCUUGCUGUGGAGGGAUGACAGGCUCUGUCAAAUGGUGUUCUCUGGCAAAGGUGUCAUGCUGUCCGAUAGUGGUGAACGUCACCCAGUUCUAGAGCGUGCCAGACUACAGUAACAGUAACAUCCUGCUUUGUUUUUGCCCCACCAUUUAGUCUUUUUGAGGCAGGGUCACUGCUAAAAUGGGAAACACCCCAAAUCCUAAUUGCUAUAAUACUGAGCAAACAGUAAUUCUGAUCCUUGUGCUUUUAGAGCUCCCUAGUCUGACAUACGGGUGUGUCACGCUGCUGCAUGGUGUGGCCAGCACCUCCUGGCCAGGACAUUUGGGGGCUGUUGCCCACUUUCACCUGAGGACACCCCCACAGCAGUCGCUGACUGGAUGCCCUGUCAGUACUCUUGGAAGGAGUGCUUGGUGGUCAGUGUCAGGAGCUGAGUAGCGAGAAGGAUGAGUGACAAUCGCCGAGGUGCCACCAUGGGACGCUUCUAAGGCCACACAGUCGCGGGCCCGGCAUUGCCAAGACCAGCAGCCCCAUGCACACCUGGCGGGGUGGUGCAGGAAGAGUGGGGGGCUUCCUGUUGUCUCCCCGAUUCCAUUCUGAGGAUUUCUAGAGCCAUAGGGUGAGAACAGGGGUCUGUGUUUUGGGGGUGAAUGACACUUUGUACAGUGGAGCUCAUAACGUUCGAAGACCAGACUCUUAAUGGAGGGCUGAGAGGUGACCCUUGUGAACGGCCGUAGAAAGAGGGGCCUGACCCCUGCCAGCCUGAGGCUUGCCGGGCUCCCAUUCAGGGCAGCAGUAGUGCUCGGUGCAGGGACUGCAGAGGGGUCAUGGGCUGGUCUCUGAGGACCUGCGGGGGGCCGGGGGGGCGGGCUGGCUGAGAGCCUGCUGUGGCAGGAGCCCACCUUGGUCCCACUGAGGAGUGGAACUAGGUUAGUGGCUUAGCCUCAGAGACGCCUGUCUCCAGGAAGGAGAAUGCGGAGCUUUGGGCAUGGCUUAGGGCUUUGCUCAUGAGGCCGAAGGAUAAACUGAGGUCUCAUGUAAGAGCAUGGGAGUAUGGCAGAGGAGGUCUUGAGAGGGACUUCCCAUGUCCCUCUCCUCUCAGUUUGGUGACAAAUGAUUCGCCCUGGGUUCAAUGACUAAAUUAAAGUAUCUUCAAAAUUAAAUGUGGUCGUCAAAACCAAAAUGGUCUUCAGGAUAAAGUGAACGUGGGAACCGUUGGUACAGGAAGCGUUUUGAUUAUUGGAAUGCUUUUCCGCCACAUGUUUGUUCACUGUUUCCCUGAGGGCCACAGCUUUCUCUAUGUGACAUCAUUCCUUUCACUAGGCGGGGCUCAGAGUCAUAUGGGGAAACGACUUGCCAGGCAAAGAAUGAACAACCAUAUCCUUCCUUUAUUCGAAUGGAAUAAAAUCAUUUCUUCUGUGAAGGAAAAUUGAUUCCUCUUUUUUUUAACUUGGGGGUUGAGAAUCAAGAACGAAAAGAUGGGGGACAGUGUUGGCGAAGAUGGAGGCGUCUGCUAUGUCCAGGGGAUGGGGCCUGUCCAGGCUUGUACCCCAGGUUACCCCAACAGGUGAGAACAGAA